GGGAGAUUGAGGAAGAAUUCUUGAGGAAUUGAUAUCCUCGGAAGACCAUUGAUUUUCUUGCAAUGGGUAUUGUGAAUAAAGCAUAUCAGGAAAGAGGAUGGCUGGCUGCCCUCACAAAGGAAGCAAGAGUGGAUGCAUGUGACAAUUCACACAGCUUUACAGUAGCCCCUCAUCUUCGAUCAUCAAUGCUGCAAACUCCCUUAUUGCACACAUACACCCAAAAAGAACAUACUAAAAAGACGGUUAUAAAAAGGAAAUGAUAACAAAACAAAAGGAACGAUCAAGAAAAAUAAAAUGGACACCUCACCCACAGAAACAACAAAAAAUGGUCCAAGCCCCAAACCAAGACACAGAUACAGACAAAAAAACUCAAAGAUAAAAGCACCACCAGACCCAACUCUCAAACAAAGCCUGGAACCACUCAUUAUCCCGUUAUCAAUGCCAUACUGGGAAAAAAUGUUAGGGAUGGUUCAUGGAGCAGACGAGUUGAGGAAGGAGGGGUACAGGACGGAGGAGUUUGGGGAGGGGUUGUCGAGGUUGCGACGGUGUGGGAAGUGUAGAGCUCGGGUUGGGAAGUGGAAGAAGCCGAAAGAGAAGGAGGAAGCUCAAAAAGAGUAUCAAAAAGACGCUGAUAGUGCUAGGAAUACUGUCUACGGUGGGACGAGAGUCUCGGGACAAUUGAAGCCUACUGUGGAUAAUAGCGCCGGCAACGGACAAAUUACCAUCGUUACAGUUGAUGAGCAGUCUGAAGCCCCGCCGGAGGGCGAUGGUGGUUCUGUCACAAAGGGUGAGGAGGGGAAGAAGAAUGCGAAAGAGAAAAAGAAGACUGGAUCUUGCCGAUUUCACACCGGAAAGGUCAUGGCGAAGCAUUACACCUGCUGCCAAUUGCACGUCUCCAAGCCAGGUUGCGUCACUGCGGAAAAGCAUACCCCCCAAGACUACGCGGCAGGAGAACUCGAGCGGGAGUGGAAGCUUCAUGAGACUCCAUCGCUCCUUGGGGGAAUUGGACAGGCCUCACACCGUAAAGCUGUCGCGCUGGACUGCGAGAUGGGUAUCUCGCAACACGGCGACUCAGAGUUGAUCCGUGUGACCGCCGUUGACUAUUUCACGGGCGAGACUCUAGUCGACUCCCUUGUCUAUCCUCUGGUGCCGAUGUUGCAUUUCAACACGCGCUAUUCAGGCGUAGACCGCAGGAUGCUAGAGCGGGCACGUAUUAGGAAGCAAUGCAUUAUGGGCCGGGAUGAGGCAAGGACGCACUUGUGGCGGUUUGUCGGCCCCGAGACCAUCCUGGUGAUGCACGGGGGACCCUCCGAUUUGAUGUCGCUGCGAUGGAUUCACCAACGCAUCAUCGACACGCUUCGAGUUGAGGCGUCGAGAAAAGAGCCUAUCCCGGGACGGACCUUGAAGCACCUAGCUGAAGUAAUAUUGCACACGCAGAUCCAAAAGGGCCGACGAGGUCAUGACAGUCUCGAGGAUGCCUUGGCCUGUCGGGGACUGUUGCACUGGUACGUAGAGAAUCUCUGAGCAGGGGUGUGUUUCAACGGGGAUAGGGAAUUGAAACUUGCAUGUGGACUUUCGAGUCCUGUAUUUCUUUUCUGAUACCGGAAAUCCGGACCGGAUAACCGCAUCGAGACUGUUUUCUGCGAUAGACGUAGACAUCCGACUUUCCUAAUGUUUCACAGUGCAGGUAGUGAAACUUGAUACUUUCAGGGUAAUAUAUAGAUGUUUCGAAUGUGACUGAUGUCCCAAAUAGGAAAUUGUUGGAUCAC